GAAGUGUUAUGACGAGAGGGACGAGAUAGUGGGAGAGGUGGUAGGAUAUGAAUCGUGCUAGAGGUGCAUGGGGGAGCUGGGGCACUUAGUGGAGAAUUAUGGCAUCGUUCCUCACGUGCUGGUGAGGCUGAUAGGAAGUGAGGAGCUAGCAUGUUUGGCUCCAAGAGACCAUUGGAUGCCACUAUAUGCGCACUACCUAGCAGUUGGGCUCCGGUUCCCCAUUCUGGAGUUGCUGGUAGCACUGCUUAAGGAGUAUGGGUUGGGGUUGACACAGCUCGUCUCAAAUGGAAUUCGGUUGGUGGUGGGAUUUUUGGGGAGGGGGGAUGGGGAAAUAAAGGAGCUUAGUAGGUGGAAGGGGAAGAGGAGAAAUCCGAAUCAUUACCAGCUGGGGAAGGUGGAGAAGGACGAAGUGGAGAGGUUGGAGAGGGGUGGGGGGGAACUGAUGAACAUAAUGUACCUCACCAGUCCAGAGGUGGUGGAGUCGUCUGGAAUCUAUGGGAGGAGCUCAUUGAGCAGAGAAGAAAUGAAUCGCUUGAGAGCUGGGGGUAAAACCGUACGACUGUCGGAGAAGAGGUCAAAGGUGUCAGCCUUAGGUGCUCAAGAAGAGCGAGUUGGAGGUGGGUCUUCAAGGCCUCACCUUGGUGGUGGACCUCGAGCUGAGGUGGGGCCCAACUCUAAGCCAAGGAAGGGCACAAUUGAAGAGAUUGAUCCAGCACUUCGGGAAGUAGAAGCAAUGGCACUUGGGAGGGAGAAAAGCUUCGUUCCUUACCCCAGGCAAGUCGCCAGCUUCUAUGAAUCUGGGAGGACGGUUGCUAAACGCUUCAUCGGCUCCCACAUCCUCGAGGUGGCCACGAAUGGGGGAUCAGGGGUAGUUUGGCAGGCCCUCGAGCGAAUUGCCUUGGUGAAGAAGAACGAAGAGCUCAGCCACCAAAAUGAGGAGGUAGAGAAGAACUUCGGUGAGCUGACCUCGGAGCUGGAGAAGGUCAAGGAGGAGUUGGCCAAUUCCAAGAGGCUUAUCAAGCUGGAGGAGCAGAAGAGGAAGAAGUGCGAAGAGGCACUCGCAAGAAGGGAUUGCGAGCUCGCCAAGGUGAUGGACCUCUACCGUUUGCCAACUCUAGUGAUGGCCUUCACUGACUGUCGUAAGAAGGUGAAGGCACAAAAUCUAGAUGUGGACAUGAUAAGCAUCACGUUUGGCCCUGAGGAGAUAGAGGUAGAGGAGAAUGGGGAUAGCAAGACAACGGAGUUCCAUCCUGAGGUUAAAUUAACUUGGGAAUGGGACGAGGCUGGAAAUACUAUCCUCUCGCCGACGUUGGACUUUGAGUUCGUCGCUGUUGACGAGGAGGAGGCUGACAACAUGUGAAAUGAAGAAGUGGACCAACAGCUCCAAAUCAUUGAUUGAGCUCAACCAACUCACCUUUUGUGUUUUUGUAAUUUUUUGUUUAUAAGAACAACUUGUAUUUCAAUUGAGAUGAAUGAAUUAAAAUUUUGAAA